UCCUCUAAAAAUAGCUCAGUAGGCGGUCAGUUUCAUACAAGCGCUGAUGUUUCCCGCUACCUACUUUAGCAUUUUACUAAAACAAUAAUAUCAACAUGAGUGUAGAUGAAGCCAGUUUGCCUUGUCCAAUAUGUUUACACACUGGUGUUUUCGAUACAGUGCAAUCAUUAAAAGAUAGAUUGAUAUUUGUGUCCACGAAUAACAUCAUGUGCCCAGUAUGUCAAGAGGAAGUAUCAGGUUUGGAUAAACUCACGAUUCAUCUUUUUAGCCAUGUGAAAAUUUUAACAACUAAGGAACAGCCUUCGACAAAUGAGACUUGUAGAAAUUACAGUCAUUGCAAUAAACGAGAAGAGAAAUCCUCAGAACAUGCUAAGAAAUCCAAGACGUCGCCCGUAUCCAAAAAUAAACCCAUGAGCAGAACAGCUUCACCUGUGAAAUAUGUAAAAAUAUAUCCAAAACUGCCUGUUGUUGCACUAAAUACAGUGCCUCUGAUAGACAUAUCUGCUGGAAAUAGUGAUGGAUGCUCGCCAAAUAAUCAACUAUACUUAUCCACGAUCAAAUCAGACACUGCGGUGGUGCAAACACACAAGUGCAAUAUAUGUGGCCUCCAAUUUGUAGACGAAAACAUAUUAAAUAUGCACAAAAGCUUGGUCCAUAACCUUGAUGAUAGUUCAAGCCAUAGUGUUACUCGAUACGAUUGCCAUUUAUGCCCAAAGAACUUCAAAAUGCGAGGCUCGUUAAUGGUUCAUUUAAGAGUGGCUCAUUUCGGAUUCUCUUCCAAUAUCUCGAAUGCAAAUCAAAACGAUAAAUUAAAAGACAACAACGAAUAUAUCCAAUCAGAAAAAUUAAAUGAACUAGAAAGACAAGAUGGGAAACAAUGGCAGUGCGAUGUUUGUCGUAAAUGUUUUACCACAAAAUAUUUCUUAAAGAAGCAUAAACGACUUCAUACAGGAGAGACGCCUUACGCUUGCACUCAAUGCAAUAAAACAUUUACGUUUCAACAGUCCUACCAUAAGCACCUACUAUAUCACAAUGACGAAAAACCACAUACUUGUAGCUUUUGCGGCCGAUCAUUUAAGGAACUGUCAACUCUACAUAAUCAUCAACGUAUUCAUACAGGAGAAAAACCUUUCGCUUGUGAAUCUUGUGGUAAAUGUUUCAGACAAAGAGUGUCAUAUUUAGUACAUAGAAGAAUACACACAGGUGCUAUGCCAUAUAAGUGUACGUCGUGUAACAAAAGCUUUCGCUAUAAAGUAUCUCAAAGAACACAUAAAUGUCAAGCGCAACCUCCAGGUACUGUCGUAAGAAAAAUUGGAGAGCUAGUUGAAAAACUCAAGAAUAAAAGCAUUGAUCAUGGUGAUAAGAAGAGCGAUGAUAUCAACUUUAUCGAAGUGUCAGAAGCCAAUGCUGAACUAGUAAGAACUGGAGCAAAGUUAUCACUGCAGGACAUGGAGUCUGAAAAUUUUACAAUCAUAUCAGACGAUUUCAAUGAAAACACAGUAUCUACCGAGGAAUCAAGUAAAAGUAAUGAUCAACAUCAAAAUGUGAUUCAAACUUUGGAUGAGCUAAUAGAUUAUAUUCCAAUGAAUGAAAAAAGCAUACCAUCCCCUUCAGAGAUCUUGAAAAAUUUAUGUUUGACGAAUAACGAAGAAGUUAUUAAUAACGAGAAAAUGUAUUUUCAAGAAGAAUUUAAUUCAUUUUUAUAAAAGAA